AUGCAGAGUGACGGCCGGAGAUUUCUCUAUUACUUUCAGGUCAUCUAUUGCUGCUCGUUACUAUUCAUCAAGGGAUCCAUCUGCGUCAUGCUCCUCCGAAUCGCCGUCGGACGAACCUACCGCAUCAUCAUCUGGGCGACACUGAUAUUCUCAACCCUCUCCACCACGGUCGUCAUUAUUGGCCUAUUUGUCAUCUGUCGACCGAUAUCCGCCGCUUGGGGUCACCCUGGAAAAUGCUCCCCAACUGUUGUCAUCGCGAGCCUCGGAUAUCUCGUCUCAACUGGUGCCGUUGUGACAGAUUGGACUUGCGCCAUUUUGCCUGGAUUCAUGCUUUACAAGACGAACAUGAAGACUUCAAUGAAGAUAUUAGUUACCAUAAUUCUGGGAUUGGGUGUUCUUGCCUCCGUUGCGACCAUCAUCAGGUUCCCUGAUGUGAAGUAUUACACACGACCUGAUGAUUACUUAUACAACGUCGCAAAUAUUGUUAUUUGGUCAAUAGUGGAAUCCGGAGUAGGAAUCAUCGCUGUUUCACUACCUUCUCUAGGAAGACUUCUCAAGAACCGAUUCCACACCGAGUCAUCGAGCGGCCAACCUCCCGCCGCCCAAGUCGUGCCGUACGCAGGAUCGAACAGAGCAACCAUCACGACCAACACUUCAGCAGGCUCACGGCCUUUCCACAAGAGCGUGGGUUCUAGCAUGGUGGGGGAUGAAGACAGGGAUCGGUUUGAUGAUGGAGCGUCUAGUCGAAAGAUUUAUGUCCAAGUCGAUUUGGAGAUGCAGUCAUUGGAGAGGCCUAUGACGCCCCGGAGGUCGCAUGGGUCUCAGGAUGAGCUUGUGAGACAGUAA